AUGUCCGCCGGUCAUCUCUCCCCUACGCCUGCUGUGCUGCAGCAGCAGCAACCGGGCUCAGCAGCAGCAGCAGCAGUCCAGCAGCCACCGCUCCCCGGUGCGCAGCCGCUGCAGGGUUCUUCGCCCUUAGUAGGCGGGUCAGCGCAGCCGGUUCCAUCUCAGCAGCCUCCUCCGCAGCAGCAGCAAGAUCCGGCAAAUCAGCAGCAGUUGUCGCAGGUGCAGCAGCAGGCAGGAUCUCAGCAGCAGCAACAGCAACAGCAGCCACCUCCUCAGCCGUCUCAGCAGCAGGUCUCCACGACGGCUCAUACGCAUACUCUACCUGUUAGCUCCCACCCGACUUAUGUAUCUCCGUCUUUGUAUAUAGGAGAUCUACACCCCGACGUUACUGAGGCUAUGUUGUUCGAAGUAUUUAAUUCAGUGGGCCCAGUUACCUCUAUUCGAGUGUGCAGAGACAGCGUUACUCGCAGAAGUCUCGGGUAUGCGUAUGUUAACUAUCAAACCUUGCAGGACGCUGAGCGCUCUCUAGACGCGCUUAAUUAUACUUUAAUCAGAGGGCAGCCUUGCCGCAUUAUGUGGAGCCAACGAGACCCUACCUUACGUAAGAGUGGCAGUGGGAAUGUAUUUGUUAAGAAUCUCGAUCGAAGUAUAGACAAUAAAGCGCUGUAUGACACCUUCUCUCUCUUUGGUAAUAUCUUAAGCUGUAAGGUGGGUGUAGAUGAGGCUAACCGCAGUAAAGGAUAUGGGUUUGUUCAUUAUGAAAGCGAAGCCUCUGCAAGAAAUGCAAUUGAAAAAGUUAAUGGUAUGCUUAUAGGCGGAAAGACAGUCUAUGUGGGGCCCUUCGUAACGCGUUCAGAAAGAGAAAAUGCAAGCACUCAUAGAUAUACAAAUGUUUAUCUGAAGAACCUCCCUCGUUGCUGGCAGGAUGCUGAUGCACUGCGCCCUAUAUUAGAGCCCUUUGGAGAGAUUACGAGCUUGUUAGUUAAGCAGGAUCCGAAGGGUCGCCUCUUUGCUUUCUGCAACUAUGCAGAGCAUGACUCAGCAAAGGCUUGUGUACAAACCCUUAAUGGGAAGGUAGUUAAUUCAGAGGGCUUUAAGGAGACUUCUUCUGCAGCAUCGAGCGAUGCAGCAGCAGCAACACAGACAACUUCACCUGCAGCAGAAGGAGAAGCGGAAGAUGGAGCAGCUAAGACAAAAGAUGCAGCAGCUGCAGGAAAUACCAACAGCAGCAACAGCACCAACAGCAGCAACGGCAGCAGCACAGCAAACGGUUCAGGCGCCUCAGGAGAGGCAGGGGAGAGCAGCAGCAGCAACAACAACAACAGCAGCAGCAGCAGCGACGAGAUGAUUCUGUUUGUGGGGCCGCAUCAAUCGAGGGCCCAGCGUGCUGCAGCGCUCCGCAUGAAGUACGAGCAGCAGCAGCAAGAACGAGGGGAGCGUUACAGAGGAGUAAACUUAUACGUUAAGAAUCUAGAUAACUCCGUAGAUGAUGAUAAGUUAAGAGAGUUGUUCGAGCCCUUCGGCCCAACAAGCAGCGUGAAGGUUAUGCGCGAUGAGAAGGGGGUUUCUAGAGGCUUCGGCUUUGUUUGUUUUGUCUCCCCAGAUGAUGCAAGCAAAGCUGUAGCAGAGAUGCACUUGAAGUAUAUUAAUGGGAAGCCUCUAUACACCGGGCUCGCGGAGAGAAGAGAACAAAGACUGCAGAGAUUGCAGCAGCGCUUCCGUAUGCCGCAGCUGAGGCAGGGAGCUGCUGCUGCAGUGCCUGGGCAUGUAAGCUAUCCAGGUGCUGCUGCUGCUCUCCCAGGUGUUGCUGCUUAUCAGCAGCGAGCAAUGAUGUACCCUGCACAGUCGCAUAUGGCUGUCUUGCCGUGGGCCGGCAGGCAGCAGCAGCAGCAGCUCCAGCAGCAAGGGCUGGCGCUGCAGCGGGGCAUUCCCCCUGCUGCGCUGCAGCAUAUCUACGCGCCUCAAUCUGCCGUUGCUGCAGCAGCGGCGCUGCAGGUCUCCCUCCAGCAGCAGCAGCAGCAGCAGCCUAUCAUGCAGCAGCAACGCGGCGCACCUACACACAGAGCAGCACGCGGUGGAGCCGCAGGAAGCGCGAAGCAGCAGCAGCAGCAGCUGCUGAAGCAGCAGCAGCAGCUGCCCGGAGGAGGGUCGUUCAAAUUCACUCCUCAGGUGAGGAAUCCUCGUGUGGAUCAGCAGCAGCAGCCACAGCAGCCGCCACCGCCUCUGCACGUGCAGCAGCAGCAGCAGCAGCCUCUGGAAGCUGCACACGUGCUUCUGUCGCCCGAGGCCCCAUUAACAGCAGCAGCACUAGCAGCAGCACAGCCUUCUAUGCAGAAGCAAAUGCUAGGAGAGAGGCUCUUCCCUCUUAUUGCUAGACAUCAGCCAGAGUUAGCAGGGAAGAUCACAGGAAUGAUGCUAGAGAUGGAUAACAGCGAGCUGCUUAUUCUGUUAGAGAGCGAAACGCAACUAAAGAAUAAAAUUGAAGAGGCCCUCGGCGUACUCCGAGGGGCCAACUAA